AUGUAUCAGCAAUACUUCGCAAAGAAAAAGCAAAAAGAUGCUCAGAGUGAGAGUGAUUCGGCAGAUAAUCAGAUCUCGGACGAAGAUUUCAAUGGCAAGGCACCUAGUAGCAGGAGAAAUGCUGCUGCCAUGGACAACAAGUCUUCAUCUAACAGUCUCAAGCCAAUCACUAUAAGAAGCCACAACACGUUGUCAUAUUACGUUCUUACAGUCCAGGCUCUACUGGGAGAAUGGGUCCACAGAUCUAAAGACCAAGGAAAGCUCAGAUGA